CAACGGCUAUCGAGAUAUACGAAAGUUUGCUAUUUUAAGGGGAUUGUGCCACAAAGUAGGGGUGGAGUUGGCUCCUCGUGAUUACGAUAUGGAAGGUCCAAACCCCUUCAGGAAAAGAGAUGUUAUUAGCUUGAUACCAGUGCAUAAGCAAGUUGCUUGCUCAUCUGCAGACGGCCGGACCCUUCUGGAGUCCUCAAAAACAGCUCUUGAUAAGGGAAAACUUGAAGAUGCUGUUAAUCAUGGAACAAAGGCCUUGGCAAAGCUUGUAGCAGUAUGUGGUCCUUACCAUCGGAUGACCGCUGGAGCCUACAGUCUUCUAGCAGUGGUUCUACAUCAUACUGGUGACUUUAAUCAGGCAGCCAUAUAUCAACAAAAAGCUCUGGAUAUUAAUGAGAGGGAGCUUGGCCUUGACCAUCCAGAUACCAUGAAGAGUUACGGAGACCUUGCAGUUUUCUAUUAUCGGUUACAACACACAGAAGUGGCACUGAAGUAUGGAUGA